AUUCGAAGCUGCUCAUCACAACUGAAAGAGAACGCAGCUGGAGUAGUCAGCCUGGAGACAUUGCUUUCCUUUGGUAUUGUUACUGACGAGUACCUGGCUUUGACGAACACGGACAUUCUGAUGUGGCUUUGUGGCUGCCGCAGGAAUGGACAAGUUCCAGAACUCGUCGAAAGAGACUUUUCUGAGGAAAUUGUGCAUCCUGGAGCCUCUGGAUUUAGUCAUUUGAAAUACUCGACUGAAGAUAUGCGGAAGGUUACAUUGUCAUUCUCAUUUCGCGAAUUCGAGGAAGUACUUCGUGAACUACAGGCAUCGGAGACUCCCCCACGUCCGUACCUGAAAAACCUUUUGGAAGAUUUGAAACGUGCACUUUCUGCCACUGAGUACCCUCCUUUACCUCGAGUACCCCUUGCAGCUGAAAUCUGGCUCUUGAACAACAACGAGCGCUUCCAGUUGUACAGGUAUUGGAGAGAUACUCUGCUCACUUCCCUGAACGUCUACUUCGAGCCGCUCCUGGGUGAAAUAGACUCAACACUUCGUACACUAUCGAACGAGCUCGCGAGCUGGAGGAUGGUCGAGGACCAGCACAUCAUGGCUGACUACGCCAUCAUUGGCAUGACUACAUCAUUCGCUGCCUCCCGACAACAGAUUCUCAAGGAGCUUAAGCCAAGAAUUGUCAUCGUUGAGGAAGCUGCUGAAGUAUUCGAGAGCCACAUUCUGGUUUCCUUGGCAGGUGAAGUGGAGCACCUCAUUAUGAUCGGUGACCACCAACAACUUCGUCCUAGCCCGUCGGUGCACGAGCUUGGGGUAAAGUACAACCUGAACGUGUCCAUGUUCGAGCGCCUCAUCAACAACGGCGUGAACUACGUCACCUUAUCCACGCAGCACCGCAUGAGACCCGAAGUGGCCAGACUCAUAUCCCCUGCCAUAUACCCUGACCUAAAGAACCAUCCCUCCGUCGAAGAUUUUCCAGCCGUUCUUGGCGUCGCAAAGAAUGUUUUCUUUGUGGAUCACAAACACCCAGAAGAAGUGGUCGAGGAUGCCCAGAGCUUCCAGAACAGCCAUGAGGCUGAAUUCCUUUCGUCCCUAGUGAAGUACCUGCUGCUGCAAGGCUAUGAUCCCUCUCGGAUUACGGUUCUGAGCACGUACAAAGGACAGCAGUACUUCUUUUCCAAGCUGAAAGCUCACUCACCUCACCUUCAGAAUGUGAGAAUGACCGUCGUGGACAACUUCCAAGGCGAGGAGGCCGACAUCAUCCUGCUGUCUUUGGUGCGCAGCAACGAGGACGACAACGUCGGCUUCCUCAAGACAGAGAACCGAGUGUGCGUGGCUCUGUCUCGAGCAAGGCACGGGCUCUACAUCAUCGGCAACAUGGCGAACAUGACGAAGGCCGACACGGUGUGGCGCAAGGUGGAGGCGGAGCUGCGCCAACAGGGCGGCAUCGGGCCGGCGCUGCCGCUACACUGCGACCGCCACGGCGAGUUGACCCUCGUCGCCACGGCCGAGGACUUCGCCAAGUGCCCGCAGGGAGGCUGCCUACAGCUCUGCAAGACCCUCAUGCCGUGCGGCCACGACUGCAAGCAGGUCUGCCACAUCCAGGACAUGGAGCACAGGAACGCCAGGUGCAUGGAGAGGUGCGUGCGGCCGGCCUGUCCUCAGCAACACCCCUGCCCGAAGCGGUGCUACACGUACCCAUGCCCACCGUGCCUGGUGGAAAAGAGAGAAGUGCUUGCCUGCGGCCACUCCGCCACCAUGGCCUGCCACGUGGACCCCGCCGACUACAAGUGCAAGCGAGACCUAUGGGAUGUAAGUCAAAUAAGCUCUAAGGCUAAAGAAUGCUUCGGCGAAGUCCUCUUUAACAUAUUUGAGAAAAGACUUGCAUUUUACCUCCCAUCAGGACCCAAGUUGCGUGAACUGCACCCUGCCCGCCUGCGGUCACGAGAGGGAGGCCAAAUGCCACCAACUGGCCCGUCUGGACCUGCUGCCCUGCAAGACCCCCUGCACCCUUCGUAUGCAGUGCGGCCACACGUGUCGGUCCGACUGCCACGUGCUCAAGGACCCCAACCACGAGCAGGUGAAGUGCAGGGAGCCUGUGGGCAGAAGAGGCACGGCUGCCUCGCCGACCCCGGACACCAGUGCAGCCUGGUGUGCCACCAGACGUGCGAGGAAUGCACCGUGCCGGUGAAGAAGACCCUUCCCUGCGGCCACAAACACAAGAUGAAGUGCAACGCGGACGCGUCCGAGUUCCAGUGCAGGCUCAAAUGCGACAGGACCCUGCCCUGCGGACACGAGUGCAGCAAGAAGUGCUUCGAGCCGUGCGAGCCGUGCACCGUGCAGGUGUCCAAGACGGUGCCCGCGUGCGGCCACGCGCAGGCGAUGAGUUGCGGCGAGUCCCCCGCCCUGUUCCGGAACUGCAAGGCUCCCUGCGAACGCCUGCUGCCGUGCGGACACCGCUGUGGACUACAGUGUGGGCAGGACUGCCUCGGCGGCCGUUGCCGCCAGCUGGUGCCUUACCCGGGCUCCCCGGCCUGUGGACACACCAUCAACGUGCCGUGUUCGCUCCAAAAUGACUACGCCCCCAACAGCAGCGACCUGCUGGCGCUUUGCAGGCAGCCCUGCCGUGCCUUGCUCAAGCCCUGCGACCACCAGUGCGGCGGUUCGUGCGGGGAGUGCCUGCAGGGACGCCUGCACCAGCCCUGCAAGUCCAAGUGCGACAGGCAGCUGCUCUGCGGGCACGUGUGCAAGGAGGCUUGCCCCAAGGUCUGCCCACCCUGCACUUUGCCCUGUGAGCAACGAUGCGUGCACUCGUCUUGCAACCACCGUUGUGGUGUUCCGUGCGCCGAGUGCAAGGAGCCGUGCAGUCGUCGCUGCGAGCACGGCCAGUGCCCCAGGCGGUGCGGCGACAAGUGCACCUUCGAGUGCAAGGAAGCCUGCCGGGCGAAGGUGGAGGGUUGCGGCCACGACUGCAUCGGGCUGUGCGGCGACCCCUGCGUCUGCAAGGAAUGCAACUUGGAGGAGGUCACCACCAUCUUCUUCGGCACGGAGGACGAGGAGGACGCAAGGUAUGUCAAGCUGCCCGACUGCCGUCACAUACUGGAGUCAAGUGGUCUGGACAAUUGGAUGUCCGUCUCCAGCUCGGAGGAUGACAAGCCGUUGGAAAUCAAACCGAAAGUUUGUCCCAGAUGCAGCACGCCUACGACGAGCUGCCAGCGAUACAGCAAUGCCAUGAAGAAGAUCGCUAAGGACAUUGCAGCCGUCAAAGAACGGUUCUACGAUAGAGAGAAGAUAGGAGAAGAUCUCGACAACAUUCGGGAGCUUCUCAAGGGCAUAUCUAAUUUUCCUGCAGAAUUCCCAUCAGCUCGUGUACUCGAACUCGACGUUGUCCGCUUCCUGGAAGGCGUCGAGAAGAAGAUGCCCCUUAGCAAGGAGUCCGGCACCAGGAGGGUGCCACCACUGAGCACGAGCGAGGCCAAGAACCUGGAGCAGAAGGUGCAAAUCCUCAGGAGCCUGUGGCAGAUUGUGGACAAGGUGGUCAACGGACAAGAGCAUCAGCUCCAACGGGAAGACUGGGUUCGACUCAGCGAGCAAGAGGCCUCCGACGUCAACUUGGCUCUGGAGCGCCUGCAGCGUCUGGCGGAGCUUCUUCAAUUGGAGAGUGGCCCUAGCUUUCGGCAGUUGCAGGCAUCCGAUAAAGAAGUUCACUCAGACAUUUCCAGGGUCGUGAGGGGCCUUUCCCCUUACUCUGAGGAGCAGGACCUUCGGAUCCGCGAGGAGCUGAAGGCACUGGCUGCUUCGGUCAGCGUCAUUAUCACCCAGGUCGAGCUCAGAGCCAUCGCGGCGGCCACGGGGAUGGGAGCGGGCCGCUGGUACCUCUGCCCCAAUGGCCACCCCUACAGCAUCGGGGAUUGCGGCCGCGUGGUGAUGGAAACCGCCUGUCCCGAGAGAGGAUGCGGUGCUCGCAUCGGCGGGUCGCAUUACCAACUGAGGAGAGACAACACUGUGGCCACGGAUAUCAAUGCUGCCAUCCGGGGAACCUGAAUUUGAACUCUCAAACACGCUUGUUUUUUGGCACGUCCAUGCCACGCUCUCAGGAUUUCUCGGCCGAAUUAUUUUUGUAAGCAUUUUGCACAUAGUUCCAUUUUUUUUCUAUUUACUCUCACAAUGUCUCUCAAGGGUGGAUUUAUUAUUGUGAAAUGUCCUCUCACUUGGCCGUGUGGCUUUGUGUUAUUUUUUACAUUGUGUGUUAUUUUAAUCUCUUGAACAAAACUGAAACUUCUUCCUUACAAUUUCCAUUUAUUUUUGUACGUAUAGGGAAAAGUGAGUGUUUUGCAUUUGAAUAAAGAGAUCGCAGUCC